AUGAAGUUGCUAACUCAAAUUGCAAUUUUAAGUUUUGUAAAGCUAGGAUUACUACAAAAUAAUCAAAACUAUAUUAUCGAUCAAGGAGACAAAGACUUGUCGCAAUAUGAUUUAUUUCAUAUUGGAUUCGAGAAAGCCUCGUCCAGAAAUAGUGAGACGGCUCAUAUACCUUCCCUGGAGAUUUUUAAUGCGGAAAAUCUUAUCAUUCCAUUUCACCCAUUGUGCAUCGUUUAUAAUGUAAAGUUUUUCAACGAAUCUUUGCUCGACACACUUUUUCAGCAGGUUUCAAUUCUACAAACUCGCAAAUCCACAUGGGCACCUUUGAUACUUGUAAAACAUUCGACAGACGAUGUAAUAUCGAAACCGUUAAAGGUUGUGCACGAUUUUGUUCAGAAGACCAAUUACAAUUGGAAUUUUCCAAUCAAUGCUGGAUUUUACAUCAUGUUCAACAAUACCAAUUCAGUAGAUGAUUUUAGUGUUAUCGAAAUAUAUAACAUUAAAAAUGUGACAAUCGUACAAAAGAUUGGGAUUUAUCCAGAGGAGAGGAUAAAUUAUUACAGUUUCGUUAAGAAAGAUAACAGACGGUCAGAUUUCCGAAAAGAAGUAAUGGUUGCAGUUUCAAUGGAUGUUCAUGGCUACGAAGUAGCGACGGAUUUUGAUGACGACAAUACCACAGACAAAUUCGUCGGAGGGUUCGAAGUCAAGUUUUACCUAUACUUGAAAGAUGCCUUAAACUUCACUGAGCAGGCAUUACGAGGAAAAGGAUACGUUCGAGAAGGCCCGAACGGAACUUUGACUGGAAUGGCAGCCCAGAUCAACAAGGAUUUAGCAGACAUUUCAAUUUCUUCCACGGAAUUUCUGGAAUACCGAAUCACGGGUCCGGAUGGAUUUUCAUAUCUUCUCCCAACCUUCAAGUUGGGGAUGGAAGCGUACUUUAAGCAGCCUCCAGCAAGUUCAAUCCGAGACGUUUUCACGUCCGGAUUUUCUCUCGAACUUUGGGUUACAAUGCUUGCCCUUUGGAUAUUCAUUUGCUUAUCGAUGCAUCUCGCCUGCCUUAUCUACUUUAAAGAGGACUGGUUCAAAUGCUUGGACUGGAGUGAUGUCGUAAUGUCGGAUGAAAUAUCGAUUUGGGCCACGGGUGCGAUGUGUCAACAAGGUUGGUAUUUUACACCGAAAUGCACUGGAACCCGGAUUAUCUUCUUUUUCGGAUGGUUCACCGGUUUCUUCUGCUACAUAGCCUACUCUGCUCAAUUAGUUUCCAUCUUGUCCGUUGAAGUGGUCCCGAUAAAAAGCUGGGAUGACUUGAUACGAGAUGAGUUCUUCAUUUACAACGAUAACCAUAUUCCUACUACGAAAUAUUUUGUUAAGGGCCUGCAACAGCGCGGCAUAAUCCCCACCGUUCCAGAAGAAAUGAGAAAUGUCGACAUUGAGAAAACUUUUGAACAAAUGAUUAAAUCAAAGUCGGCCAUGGUUUCGAUAUCGGAUUCUCUUUUCCCAAUUUUGCAGACGAUGGGGUUGUCGGAAAACUACAUUUGUAGUGUGCUUUCCGAUGUCAGGAUUGGAUCGAGAACAGUUAUCAUGAGCAUGUUUGUAAAGCGUGCAAGUCCAACUCGAAGCAUAUUCAAUUUUAAAAUUCUCCAAAUGCUCGAACGUGGAGUGAACAACCGAAUAUUGCGCGAUUAUUUUGUCACAACUUCGGUGCAAUGCUUGACCGGGGGGUCCGGUUUUAAUAAACCGCUCGGCGGCAAAGAUGUCUUCACGGCGUAUGCAAUUCUUCUAUCAGGAUUCAUUUUGUCAUGUGCAAUUCUUGUAGCGGAACAAUUAUUUCGGCGAAUGUGGAACAGUACGAAAUUAUUGCCAAAUCCUGAACCGCUCGCAGCUGCACCUUUAGCAAGCAUAAUGCAGUAUAAUACAAACGGAGAGACCACUUCUCAUACAAACAUCAUUAACUAUUAUUUGAAUAGAAGGAAAUCUUCGAAUAUUUCGAAGAAUGAUAUCAAACGUUGGGCUCAGGCUAGAUUUUGAAUGUGACAUUAAAUCAUUAAACUAAAGGCAA